AUGUCACGUCCUAUCCUCCGUGCGCUUGCUCGCACCGGCGCGCUGCGCCGCGCACCAACCGCCCAUACACGGUUCGUGGCGACGGCCUCGACCGCCACUGCCGCCGGCUCCAAGUCCAGCUCGAGUUCGGGACGAUACCUCGCCUUUGGGGGAGCGCUCGCGCUGUCCGCCGCGGCGGCGUACUGGUCCACCCAGGACGCCAAGCUCGACGCCGCCAAGCCCACCUCCAAGGUCAGGACAAUCCCGUACGCCGAGGUGCAGAAGCACAACUCGCCCGACGACUGCUGGGUCGUCAUCGGGGACAAGGUGUAUGAUCUUACCGAGUUCGCAAAGUCUCAUCCUGGGGGCACGGCGCCAAUCUACAAGGUGGCCGGGCGCGACGCGACUGUGAUCUUUGAGCCGAUCCACGCGCCCGGCGUCAUCGCCGCACGGCUUGACCCGUCCGCGGAAGUGGGCGACAUUGACCACGCCACACUCCCGCCGCGGCCCGUGAUCGAGACGCACGCCCACGACGACGAGCGCGAGAUCGACCUGGCCGAGAUUGUCGGCCUGCCUGAUUUCGAAGAAGCCGCACGCCGUAAGAUGUCCGACAAAGCCUGGGCGUUCAUCUCGGCCGGCGCGACAGACAUGCACAGCGUCGACCUGAACCGCUCGUCCUUCAACGCCAUCCUCUUCCGGCCGCGGUACCUCGUCGACAUGGAGACGGUGGACGCGAGCACCGAGAUGAUGGGCACCAAGACGAGUCUGCCGGUGUUCAUCGCGCCGACGGGCAUGAGCGGGCUCGCGAACGCGGUCGGCGAGCCGGCGUUCGCCGAGGCGGCGGGCGAGUGCGAUAUCAUCCAGAUGGUGUCGACCAACGCCAGCUCCCCGCUCGACGCGAUCGUCGCUGCGCGUCCCGACGGCGGCAAGCAGUUCAUGCAGCUGUAUGUCGACCGCAAGCGGGACAACACGGAGAAGCUGCUCGCCAGGGUGAACAACUUCGGCAUGAAGGCCUUGUUCGUGACCAUCGACUGCCCGGCACCAGGCAAGCGCGAGGCCGACGAGCGGUCCCGCGCAGCGGUGGAGGUGUCCAGCGGUAUCUCGGGCGGCAAGGUCGCUGCGGACAAGAAGGGCGGCGGCGUCGGCCGCACGACGGGCCAGUUCAUCGACCCCAAGCUCAAGUGGGAGGACCUGGCGUGGAUUCGGAAACACUCCCCGCUGCCACUUGGUGUCAAGGGCGUCCAGUGCGUCGAGGACGCGAUCAGGUGUGCGGACAUGGGCGUGGACGCGAUUUACUUGUCCAACCACGGCGGCCGCGCACUUGACGGCGCCGAACCAGCCCUGUACACCCUCCUCGAGCUGCGCCAGCUGCGCCCAGACAUCUUCGACAAGUGCGAGGUAUACCUCGACGGCGGCGCGCGCCGCGGCACAGACGUCGUCAAGGCGCUGUGUCUCGGCGCCAAGGGCGUGGGCAUGGGCCGGCCGUUCCUCUACUCGCUCACAUACGGCAAGGAGGGCGUCGUGCACGCCAUCGAGAUUCUGCGUGAUGAGAUCGAGACGACGCUGCGCCUGCUAGGUGUGCGCAAGAUCAGCGAGCUGGGUCCCCAUUUGCUCAACACGCGCGCCCUCGACCCGCUGGUCGCUGAUAAGAUCGAGUACGGCCCAAACGAGCCGUACCGCCCCAAGAAGUGA